GGGGGACCUGGGAGAAGAGCCGGCGGCUGUUGUGCAGUUCAUCCGGAUGCGGGGUCAGCAGUUCACACCUUGUGGGCCUCUGAUUUCUAGCGGUCGCUUGACGUCCUGGCCCAUCCAGCCUUAAAAUCCUUCAUCCACUCAUCAAUGGGUUCCUUCUCUCCUCGCGCUACAAGUCAUCCUUGCCUUAAGUCUGCCAUCUUCUGGCAUCGCAUCACAGUCCGCCGCGACAUAACUGUCACUCUCCUGUCUCCCCAUCUUGCGAUCUGGGCUCGGACGAAUCCAAUUGAAUACCUGCAUUAGUCCUGCUCCUGAGAGAGUUCGGACAUUUUCAUUUCUGACUUCUCUGUCACGCUAGCAAUCCAUAUAAACCACCUGCCAUUUGACAAGCAUCUGUUUGCUCUCCGCAUCCUUCUGCUAGACGGAAUCGAUUUCUAUUCUUCGUUGGACGUAAAAAGGUUGCGCCAACUAGAGCUGUUAGUGUCCGACGGAACCACUCUCGCCACCGCAGAGCGCCUUCUUCCGCCACUACAACCCACAAACGGCAACCCGUCGGUAAAGUUGGAAGUAACCAGCCUCUACGGGCUCAGGUACGUCGUGUGCUUGAUCGCUUCCGUUGAGUGCUUUUUAACCGCUAUUUUAUUAGAUUUUAGACGAACCGGAACCAGAGAAAGCUAAUCCUGCUGAACUUACAUCCAUGGAACACACUGGAGCGGUUGGGCAAUCUUCCAAGAGACCAAUGGCCUCUUCCUCGACACCACGCAAGGACGCAGAUUUGCCACCCAUUCCGGCAGAGAGCGCCCCUCAGCAAGAGGGUCACAAGCACGGAGCGGGCAUGCUUAAACGACUGACCACCAAGUUGCGACGACCUUCAACUUCGCAACCUUCCCAUGCCGCAUUCUCGUCUCAUCCGCCGCCGCCGGUUCCACCUCUCCCCGAAGCAGGCCCCUCUCAAUCGAAACCGAAACGGAAGAAUACGUUAAAGCUACCUUCACUACCAUCGUUGCCCAAAGGACCUACGCCGACUUUACCAAACUCAUUCACGUCACCUGAACAACGCCAAGCGGCGUUGCGGGCUAUGGGGCUCAUCCCGGCGGUUCCCCAUCCAUAUAAGGAUUCUCAUGGGUAUAUGUUGCCGCUGAGUGAACAGGAGAAGGUGUUGGAUAAACGAUAUACAGUAGUGCUUGACAGUAGUGAUGAGGAGGAGGAAGGGGAGAGCGAAGCCAAGAAGAUACGGGAGGCGUGGUUGAAGAAAAAUCACGAGCAACAAGUCGAGUCUUCCUCCCAGCCUCAAGAACACGAGACUCAAUCUCAAGCAGCAACAUCCUCGCGGCCUCAACACCAACAGUCCGAGUCAACGUCAUCUACGACGUCUUCUUCACGUGCCUCAACGUCGGCCGAUGCCUACCGGAGCGAGACCUUGACAUUGAGUGCUACCGAACGUGCGUCCGCACCCGCUCUAACCGAAGAUGGCAUGGUGAUCAAACGUUCACCACAGUCGUUACCCCUUGGGACGUUCGCGGAAACGAAUCCUCACCCUCCUCCGUCCGCCCCGCUUUCCCCGACGUUGGCAGAUUGCCACCAGGAGCUAGCAGUCCCGUGCGACAAGGACAGGGAGCUUAUUACAGUGGAACCGGAGGCGAGAGUGGACCCGUGGAAUAUUCCCCUCCCCCCUUCUCCAGGUAUCAGUCGCAAGGAACAAGAGGAGAGCGCGCAAGGUGAGGAACGCGAGGAGGUCUUGGAUGAUGAUACGGAAAGACCGUCUUCGAGCGAUGUUUCGGAGAAAGUCGCUCGUUGGUUACAGUCUACGCCUACAGGUUCAUUGUCCAAAGGAUCUCCUUCUGAACCUAGUUCUCCUCGAUCUGGUGCCGACUCUCCUAUUGACAAAGCGUUACCGGCGAUUAAGACAUUAUCCUCACCCUCGCCGUCAUCUUCCCCUCUAUCACCUUCAAGCAACAGCUUCACAUCAUCGUCGUCACCAACUUCAGCGUCUUCAGCCUCUCCGAUCUCGGUAUUCCCCACCACCUCGGCGUCUCCGAUUAACAUUCGAGGGCGCAAAGACAAACCUUCGCCGAUAUCUAUUACUGCUACCGCUAUCGCCGUCAAGACAUCUACGUCAACCUCGACGUCUCCAUCUGCAUCCGCGUCACCGCCUGCUGUAGCUAGUGCCAAUGUUAUCGCCUUGCAAUCACCUCCACCCCCGUUCGAUGAUCCGCGGUCACCCAGAACGGCGGCUUUACCCAAACUCUCCAUCUCACCUCCUACACCACUUCCCCCACCAAUAUCAUCCUCAGCUGAGAGAGGACGUUCGUUGACUGUGUCAAAUGAACAUAGACAUGCGGAUCUGGAUGCGAGCUCUGGAAGCGAUAGUCGGAGUCGUUCGAAGGUCCCUGCGCUUUCGCCUACUAGGACGACUUCAUCUUCGGGUGCAUCCGAAGUCCCUCCCACCCCUACCACGACGUCGCAACGAGGCCGGAAGGCGUCGAUUGUCUCUUCGACGUCUCAAUCUUCCGAUAACCACAACCACAACCACCACGUACAUCUUCAUCUAGGGAGUCACCUUCAUGCGAGUGCUAGCCGGAACCUGAACUCUAAACCCAAGGUCUCGGCUACACGUCUUGAGGAGUCGGAAGGGAUUAAUGUCGCUAGUGUCAUUGUUGAAAGUCCGGUUGAGGACAGAGAUGAUGAUGUUGAUUUGAAAUGUGACGAUGAUAAGAUAUUGUCUGCGUCUGCAUCUGCGCCUAUGCCUAUGCCUACGCCUAGACCGAGGCCGGCCAGGCCAAGUGAGGACUCCCAAGAACGAGGGGAGAGACGGAAGAGUCUGACGUUUGUCGGCUUGUUUGGGUCGUCCAAGAGCGGUUUGGGCUUGACUGGCCCUUCUAGUCCUCCAGAGAAACCAUCAAAGUUACCUUCACCUUCACGAUCUAUGAGUAAUCUCCGUCGAUCCGUCGCAGGCACGAUUUCUUCCAAGUUCAGACCAAAGACUCUGGUCGUCGAUACUUCUCCUCGUGGACAUUCGCCUUCUCGCUCUUCGCCUCUUUCUCCCUUUGGUGGAACUGGUACUAGUACCUCGCCUCCUUCUGCUUAUCGUGGGAUUCAGACGUUCGACGCUGCUGGUGUGCCUUUGGCUAGGGCGAGACCGAGACCACCAAAGCAACCGCUGAGUCCGACUAUGCAUAGUCGAGGGAGUAUAUUGAUGGAGACGAAGGGGAUUGAGGAUGAUGAGAGUCGGAGGUUGAGCGAGUUGGCUUUUUUGGAUUUCUGAGCCCUCCCUCUCUCCUUUCGCUCGAUUGGUUAGUCGUUCGUUCGUUCUGCCUUUUCCCUGUGGUUUAGGGUAUAGCAGGAGGGUCCUGUUGUCCUGCUCACAUUCGUUGUUGGCUUACAUGGUUUGGUGUUAUGAACACUCAUGAUUUAUUUCCCUUCCUUCCACGUUCAUUCAUUCAUUCAUCUGAAUCAUCUUUCACAUCGCAUCCCAUUUGUACUACUGAAUCAUCACCGCCCGUCGUUUUCCUAUCUUCACUUGGUGUUUAGGUGGCAUGGAAAAGAAAGGGGCAAAGAGUCAUAGUUCUACCAUCAGGGGAAACGCGUAUAUCAACCACAUCUCGUUGCAUCUCUACAAUAUCAGUUGUUUUCUAAUACCAAGCUACAGUAUGCCGAACUGUUUUCUGAGAAACCUUCUCCGGUUUUAUUUGGCGUUGUUUGGCAACGGCUUGGAAGUCGUGCCCAUCUUUGGCCGUUUCAACUUGCACCCUUGGAAAACUUUGCUUGACUCUAUGCUCAGUUCUAAGUCUGAGUACCUGCAUCUGUCUUUAUCUCUGAUGUUAUGCCCACAGCGACACCUUUGUGUGCUGAU